UCCACCCAGCCACGGAGCGCAGCGCAAGGCCACCUCCACCCAGAACAAACCACACCCCGGGGACUGAGGACUCUGUGCCCCCUAAGAGUCCAAACUCCUGUUAUGGAAGGGGAGCGGGGUCUGGCAAGGAGUUUCACUUAGCUUACAAGGAGACAAGAUGAAGUUCGGAAAGAGCAUCUGCGUGCUCAACGUAGGGGGGACCCGGUACGCAUUCACCCGUGAGGUGAUCCGGGAUUUCCCUCUCCGGCGCGUCAGCCGCUUGCAUGCCUGCGCAACGGAGAAAGAGGUCCUUGAACUAUGCGACGACUACGACCGGGACCGGAACGAGUUCUUCUUCGACCGCCACGCGCAAGCUUUUGUGUUCAUCAUGCUGUAUGUGCGCUCCGGUAAACUCCGCUUCGUCCCCGGAGUGUGUGAGCUCUCCUUCUACUCAGAGAUGCUUUACUGGGGGCUGGAGAGCGCGCACCUGGACUCCUGCUGCCAGAAACGCCUAGACGACCGGAUGUCCGAAAUCGGGAUGGACAGUCUUUCCGAGAGGGACGUCCACGUCUCAGGAGAUGAAUCCCAGAGCUCCACCGACCCAGAAUCCCGGACGGCGCUCUCGGGUCGCGCAAAGUGGCUCGAAAGGAUGCGCAAGACCUUCGAGGAGCCCAACUCGUCGGUUGCGGCGCAGCUUUUGGCCUCAGUGUCUGUAAUAUUUGUGAUUGUGUCCAUGAUCAUGCUAUGCGCGAGCACCCUACCGGACUGGGAUACAGCCAAGAGGAAUACCGUGGAGGAGCACAGGAUAGUGGAGGCAGUGUGCAUUGGCUGGUUCACAGCAGAGUGCCUGGUGCGCUUCCUGGUGGCCAGGGACAAGUGGGAGUUCCUGCGCCGUCCACUGAACAUCAUCGACGUGGUUGCUAUCACCCCCUACUAUGUCACCAUGGCGAUGGCUGGGGCAGGGAUGCCUGGUGCCGGGCUGGGGGUUGCUGGAGUGACUCUGCGGGUGCUGAGGGUGAUGCGCGUCUUCUGGCUGAUGAAGCUCGCCAGACACUUCCUGGGCCUGCAGACCCUGGGGCUGACACUCCGGCGCUGCUACCGGGAGAUGGUGAUGCUGCUGGUGUUUGUCUGUGUCGCCAUGGCAAUAUACAGUGCUCUGGCCCAGCUGUUAGAGCAUGGCUUGGACCUGGGCACACGUAACCAUGACUACGCCAGCAUCCCGGCCGCUGCUUGGUGGGUCAUCAUUUCCAUGACAACAGUGGGGUACGGGGAUGUGUACCCUGUGACAAUUGGGGGACGUGUGCUGGGUGGAUUGUGUGUGGUUAGUGGUAUUGUGCUUCUGGCACUGCCCAUCACCUUCAUAUACCACAGUUUUGUACAGUGCUACCACGAACUCAAGCUCCGCUCUGCCAGAUACACACGCAGCCUCUCAACAGAGAUGCUGCAGUGAACAUCUGUACUGCACAUUUACGCCAAACACAAACUCCUACGGCCCUGUCUGCAUCCCAAAAGAACUGAGUAGACAAGCGGACCCAUUGAUUCCCCUGUGAAAUAACGAUCAACUCUGUGCUUUGCCCUGUUUCCUGUUUCGCUGCAACUGAUUUUAUUUGGCCUGUCUAGUUCCUGCCCAUUGUGUUCAUGACCUCACAUCAUCUUCUGUAGCCAGCAUGCUCCAGGAUGAAGCCUGAUAUCUGCACCAUUUGGAUAACAGAGUCAGAGAACACAAAUAAAGAUUUACAUAAAGCACACACAAGCACAGUCAAACCAGUUAUGACAGCGGCUGCUGUUUACAUUGUAUUCCCAUGGUUACAAAAUUGGCAGAAGUGGCUGUGUGAUGUGCGUGUGUGUGUGUGUGCGCGCCUGUGUUUGUCUGUGUGUGUGCUUUCAUGCCUGCCUGUCUGUCUGUCUGUUUGUCUAUCUGUCAGCCUUUCAUUCUAUCUGUCUAAGCUGUGUAACUUGUACCCAGAUGGUACAAGUUACACAAGAUUGAUGUGUGACCUAGAUGCAUUCUGUUAAACCCACAAAGUAUUGACAGGCAAUGCAUGAGUGAGUGCAAAUUAGGGAUAAAGAGACAGGGAGGAGAGGGUCAUGGGUGGGUUACAUAAGGCAGUGAUAAUGGAAUAUAGAGACAGGUCAGGUGGGACUAGAGAGGUGACAGACAUAAAAUAAAGGGGCAGCCAAUAUGACAGGGCAGAUGGGGUGUGAAAUGGAAGACACCACAGGACGGGACAAAAUGAGAGAGAUGGCAGAGAUGACAAAAGACGGAGGGAGCCUCAGCACAAAGAGUGAACAGACUAAGUGUGUACUGCAUCUCCAUUUGUGAGUGUACAGUGAAUGUGGGGCAUUUUGUAUUUCUGUGUCUCCAAGGCAACCUCUUCCUCCAGCAUGUCAAUCAGCCACAUAAUGGUGGUUGAUUUGUGUGCACACAAAUCUCCACACACACACACACACACACACACACACACACACACACACGCACCUCAUGGCUGGCACGCAGCAUUUUGUUCUCUGAUUGUUGCGAAGAAGUCAUCAGAGUAUUGCUUACAAUUACUUGAAAAAUACGAGUGACCAAAAAAAAGUGUGCAUGCAUACACACUCACACAAUGAAGGCUGUUACAGAUGAUAAUUCUGACAUUCGUGAUUCAGACAUGUUUGCACUGCCCAACGUUUGCCAAGGCGAUAUGAUUUGUUUAAGAGAGACAUGAUCCAAACAAACAAGUCAACACCUCUCCCACACAACAGUCUUUCUCUGCAUCUCUUCUCCUCUUCCUCCUGCUGCCAUCAAACCCUCAUCUCUUUACACACAUGCGCACACACACACAUACACACACCAAGAUCAGGCUCUAAUGUUGCAAAGCAAAUUAGAAAAUUAAAAAGUUGGGCAUUUUUUUGUUCAUUCUGUGUCUGUCCAAAAAUCUUUUCAUGUCACAGUACAGUUGUUAUUUCCUCACAGUGUUUGAAGGGAUUUUCAUCAUUCCCUUCAGCCCAAGAAAUUAGUUUAUAGUGUGUUAUGGACUGUUCAUAUUUCAGUAUCCUUCCUGGUUGUUGUUCUAUUAUACAUGUGCUUUUUAAGUGGGACAGUUGCAGAGAAAACAAAAAACACUAAGCUCACAUUCAGUCAAUCCUCAUCUAACUUAUGAGUUGAUGUGGAACAGCUGAUAGCCAGACUCGAUUGAAAACAUCAAAUACUUUUUCAUCAGUAGACUUUCACACUUCUUGUAAUUAAGCUUAUCAAUGUAUGAGCUUUUAUAAU